CUUGUCUUUUGGUUGGGGUAGCAACGUCUGCGCUUGCGCAAUGUCCCGGCCCCUCUGUCCGCGGCGCUGAGCCAGCCGGGACGGACAUGCGCGGGACGGAGGCUGGCGGCCGUGCGGCGGCGGCGGCGGCAUCGGCCGCGGCUCCGCUGAGGGAAUGAAAGCUGCCCAUUAACUGAGAAUCCCCGGGCUCCCGAAGCUCCCAGACGGUCGUCGUGGCUGCAGAGUAAGCACCAUGUCCACAGCAGGCGUUGCUGCUCAGGAAAUCAGAGUGCCAUUGAAGAGCGGAUUUCUGCGGAAUGGCCAGGCCAUGGGAAGCCUGAAGAGCUGCUGGGGAGGUCGCCGAGGCUUUGAGAACAACUUUUUAAAUAUUGACCCAAUAACCAUGGCCUACAACCUGAAUUCCACCACGCAGCAGCACCUAACAACCUUUGGGCCCAUUUCCAAGCCCGUCCCAGUGAACGGCCACUGCUUUGCCGAAAACUGUUUCCGGACUCCGUCGCAGAUGAAGCCUGCCUUGCCUCCUCUCAUCAUCCCCCCGAGUGAUCCCUUCGGGAAGAGUGAAGAGGACCGGCUGGUUUGUGGCAUUAAGAAGCUCUCCGUGAAUGGGGUUUGUGCUGCUUCCAAAAGCCCCCCCCUGACCCCCAUAAAAAACGGGCCUUCUCCGUUCUCCUCGGUGACUGCGUGUGAGCGGGGUUCCCGGCCUCUCCCGCCGCUGCCCAUCUCGGAGGACCUUUCUCCGGAUGACACGGACUGCGAGGUGGAGUUCUUAACUAGCUCCGACACAGACUUCCUCUUAGAAGACUGCACCCUUUCUAUCUUCAAAUAUGGGGUUCCCAGCAGGCGGAGCUUCCGGGGGUGCGGGCAGGUCAACUACGCCUAUUUUGACAGCCCGGCCGCCCCUGCCGCAGAGGACGGGAGGUGGGUGUCCGAGCAGAAUGGGAGCGGGCAGAGCUCGGCCCCCAGCCUCCUUCAGCAGUCUCACCGCAAACUGCGCAGGUCCCAUUCCGGCCCGGCCGGAUCCUUCCACAAGCCGGCCUCCAGGCUGUCCGGCCACUUACUUCGAGCUUCUCCCAAUUCAGAUGAAGAUAAACCAGAGGUCCCCCCCAGGGUGCCCAUACCUCCCCGGCCAGUGAAGCCAGACUACAGAAGGUGGUCGGCCGAAGUGACUUCCAGCACGUACAGCGAUGAAGACAGGCCUCCCAAAGUGCCUCCCAGAGAACCUCUAUCACGGAGCAACUCCCGCACGCCGAGCCCCAAGAGCCUCCCGUCUUACCUCAACGGGGUCAUGCCCCCCACGCAGAGCUUCGCCCCCGACCCCAAGUACGUGAGCAGCAAAGCGCUGCAGAGACAGAACAGUGAGGGCUCUGCCGGCAAGGGGCCCUGCAUUCUGCCCAUCAUCGAAAACGGAAAGAAGGUGAGCUCGACGCAUUAUUACCUGCUCCCCGAGAGGCCGCCGUAUCUGGACAAAUAUGAGAAGUUCUUUAGGGAAACGGAAGAGAGCAGUGCGAGUGCCCACGGACAGCUGCCAUCCAGCGACUGCAGGACGGCUGCGGUGACGGAAAAGCUGGACUCCAAAGCUAAAACAGACCUCGAGGGCCAGGGGAAGCGCAAGCAUCUGUCCUACGUGGUUUCCCCCUAGACUCGGGGAGUAUCAUUCAGCAACGGGCACAGAGAGCGGCCCAGUGGGGCUGGGCCCUCCGGGGCAUCUUCAGGGCGGUUGAGGCCUGCCAGAGGUCUCUUGUGGCAAAGUAAACAGCUCGAGUCUCGGUCUUGAAGAGAAAAUGGUGAAUCAACUGUAAGGUGUUGUUAUGAGCAUCCCUCGGUUUUCUUUUGGAGAAAAGUCUUUCUAUUCAAGUCUAUAUAAUUUAAAGAUGUGAUGUUGGGGGGUGGGGAAACAUAUCUAUAUAUCUAUAUCU